AUGAAACCUUUUUCUAGUUGGAAUCUCAACUAUAUCAGAGAGAAUUAUAUUAAAUGUUUGUCUGCAUCCAGGAAAUACGUAAAAUGUGCAUUUGGCGUAUUACGUGUGAAAUGGCAAAUUUUGAGAAAAGACAUUGAAGUAAGUUCCGAUAAAGCUGUACACAUUAUUAAAUAUAUUUGUAUUCAACAUAAUUUAAUUCGUAUAAAAGAUGAAGAUAGUGAUUUAGAUUACUAUCAAAAAAUUAUACGUCAAUCUCAUGGAAACCAAACAAAUGAAUUACAAGAAAGAGAUAAUCACGGUGGUGCUCGUAGAGGAUCAACCAAAACAAAUAAGAGAUGA